GCGGCCGGGCCGGCAGGGAGCGGGGCCGGCGGGGCGCGGCUGCGCGGAGCGCGGCUUCCUGAGCGGCUGGCGGCGGCGGCCAUUUUGUGGUGUCUCUUCCCUCCGCCGAGCGGGCCGCGCCGUCGGGACCUGGCGAGGGGGCGAGAGACGGAGCGAGGGCAGCCGGGGCCCUCAGCCUCACCUUCCCUUCGGCUCCCUGCGCCGCGGAGCCGCCCCCCUCCCCUUCCCCGUCCGGCGCUGCCCCCGGCUGCGGCUGCGAGCGGCGCUCACGCACCAUUAUGGAAGACGACGGGCAGCCCCGGACCCUCUAUGUAGGAAACCUCUCCAGAGAUGUGACUGAAGUCCUUAUACUUCAGUUAUUCAGCCAGAUUGGACCAUGCAAAAGCUGUAAAAUGAUAACAGAGCAACCCGAUAGCAGAAGGGUCAACUCUUCUGUUGGAUUUUCUGUUUUGCAGCAUACAAGCAAUGACCCUUAUUGCUUUGUGGAAUUUUAUGAACACAGAGAUGCAGCUGCUGCAUUAGCUGCUAUGAAUGGGAGAAAAAUUUUGGGAAAGGAGGUCAAAGUAAACUGGGCAACAACACCAAGUAGCCAGAAAAAAGAUACAUCCAAUCACUUCCAUGUGUUCGUUGGGGAUUUAAGUCCAGAAAUAACAACAGAAGACAUCAAGUCAGCAUUUGCUCCUUUUGGUAAAAUAUCGGAUGCACGGGUAGUUAAAGAUAUGGCAACUGGAAAGUCAAAAGGCUAUGGUUUUGUAUCUUUUUAUAACAAACUGGAUGCAGAAAAUGCUAUUGUACACAUGGGAGGCCAGUGGCUGGGAGGCCGUCAGAUCAGAACUAACUGGGCGACACGGAAACCACCAGCCCCCAAAAGUACACAAGAAAAUAACACAAAACAAUUGAGAUUUGAAGACGUAGUAAAUCAGUCAAGUCCAAAAAAUUGUACUGUUUACUGUGGAGGAAUUGCUUCUGGGCUAACAGAUCAACUUAUGAGACAGACUUUUUCACCGUUUGGACAGAUUAUGGAAAUCAGAGUGUUUCCUGAAAAAGGUUACUCUUUUGUCAGAUUUUCAACCCAUGAAAGUGCAGCACAUGCUAUUGUUUCAGUUAAUGGAACCACAAUUGAAGGACAUGUUGUUAAAUGUUAUUGGGGUAAAGAGUCCCCUGAUAUGACUAAAAACUUCCAACAGGUGGAUUACAGUCAGUGGGGGCAAUGGAGCCAAGUAUACGGAAAUCCCCAACAGUACGGGCAAUACAUGGCCAACGGGUGGCAAGUACCGUCAUAUGGAAUGUACGGCCAGGCGUGGAAUCAACAGGGGUUUGGAGUAGACCAAUCUCCAUCUGCUGCCUGGAUGGGUGGAUUUGGUGCUCAGCCUGCCCAGGGACAAGGUGCUCCUGUAAUACCUAACCAAGCUGGAUAUGGUAUGGCAAGCUACCAAACGCAGUGAGCUGGGACUCUAUUUAAAAGUGUGUAUUUCAUGAUAGGCUGCAGUUUCCAGUGAUGCUCUGAAGACUGGAAUGUAGACAAUGAAAAAAAGAAAAUAUUUAUUUUAAAAAUGGAAAUGUUUGGAACCUUUAGCACAGCUUUGCUUUGGUGAAGGACACAAAUGUCUUCUAGUUCUGCCUUUUUAAGUUUUUGUUCAUGAUGGAUAUGAACAUGUUUUUCUUUGUGUACAAAAAAUUAAAAAUAAAGUCAAUAAAGACAAUUCUGACUACAAAUUUUGAUAUAGUAGGAGAAAUGGCUAAUGAAUUUGAUCCUUAGGUUACCAUUCCAUUUUUUUGUUCUGUCUUCAGUGUUUUAUAUCACUGUGCUUUUUAAGAGAAAUGACGUUGAAAAACAGCAAGUUGCUUUUAGUUGAACACACAUCCUGAAAUAAACUGUGGACCAAUCAUUACAACCUGCUAGACAGUAUUGAUUUUUCAAGGAACCUAUGGACAUCGCUCUGAAAGCAUACGUAGGUCUUGGAAUAAUUUUUUUAAAAAAUAUUUAAUUUUUCUACAUGCUUAAAGAAAACAGUAUGAUACAAAGAAUAGUUCGGUCUGAAAUGAAAAACAGUACUGUCUGAGUUAUUUCACGUAACUUCUGUCCACAUUCAGGCACAUACUAGAACUUUUCAGAGCUGGUUUGCCUAUUAAGAUUGUAGGAAUUUGCAUUUAAUUUUGAGAAUUAAAGAAGUUUUUGCAGGUAUGUUGUUUGUAUUCAAAUCAGACAGUCAUACUUGUACUUUUACAUAAAGUUUGAAGGCUACACAUUGUAAAUAUUUCAUAAUUACAGUGUUUCAAAAGCAUGCUCAAACAUAGAAGUAGCAAUGUAAUUAUUCAAAGUAAUACUUAAUAUACUCUACUGCUUUAAAUGCAGUAGAUUGACAAGAAUGUGCAAGACUGACAUUUCCAAAGUUGGCUAUUAUGUAAAGUUACACAAAGAACUAUAACAAAGAGCCUUAAUUUUAAUUUCAUAAAUCUUUAAUGCAUCACCUUUUUGUCAUUAGAAAUACGAAUUUUUUGCUUUACAUUAUUUGGUAUGUAAAUACCUUGGUUAACAACCUUGUAAACCUAUUUCAAGGUUAUUAUAAGUUGUAUAGUAUCUUGAGUGUUUUGAAAAAUCUUGAUGUUUUUUAAGUCUAGAAAUAUUUUGCCCAAGAAUUUUUUAACAAGAUUGUUAAAAACAUCUUAUUUUAGAGAAUAUUCAAUGUGCCAUUUGGUAAAUGGAGAUGCAGUUGAAACAGUACACUGAGUUGUGACUUAUUUUUAAUUAAAGUUUUUGUCUUUAUGGGUGGUUUGCAUGUGAUGAACCUGUACAGAGGCUGGGUUGUUUGUGUACUGAGUGUGUAAAUGGAUAAAUCAUGAAGAUGUUUAAAUGGUAUACUUGGGUUAUUUCUGAAUAAUUUUAUGGAUACAUUGAUAUAAACUGCCUCAAUAAAUUUGAAGUUGAAAAUGAAUGUAAGUUAGAUAUAAGUACUGUCUCUUACCUAUGACAGCUAGGGGGUGCAAAUGUUUCAGCUGUAUUCAGAAAUACACUGAGGCAGCACGAUUAAAUGUAGGAUAUGCAGUGGUAGUCCAGUGAAGCAAACUUGCAUUUUAAAAGAAAUGGAAUGUUUAAUUUUAGAUGCUGUAGUUCUAAAGGAGUGUUUGAGAAGCUGCAUAUUUUAUCUUUUCUGUUUCUUUCUGUGCAGGUGUUGCGAGUUGGAAUAGAUUUUGAAAUAGAAACUUGCAGUUUUGUUAAACCCAGCCAAGCUGUGCAAUUAACUACACUUAAUGCUGUAGCAAAUGUCAUGAGUUUUUUCUUCCUCUUCUACUUGACGUGUUUAAUAGUACCUUGAAUUUUAGAUCAGGUGGAAAGUGAGAUAUUUUGGAAGAGCAAUUUAGUCAGUUGGUUCAACUGUACUCAGAGAUACUUGCAACUCCAGGCUUCUAAUGCAUGCAAUAAUGACUGAAGUUAGCUUGGAACCAUAAGUGCUUGUGAUGACAGAACUGGCCAUUUAUCUCUGUUUCUCCUUUAUCAUGUGUGUUGUGUUCUUUUGCUGAAGUUAGGAAUCUCAUCCACAGGACUCUUGUUUUUUCUAUAAAUUUUGUAUAUAUGUGUAUAUCUACGCGAGGAUCGGCCUAUACAUUGUAGUUUGGAAAAAAAAUCACAAGUAAGUCUGCAUUUUUGUUAAACUCAUCUGGUUUCAAAAAAACAACCACGAGUUAGUAGAUCUGUGAAUUUGCAAAUUAUGUUAGGGUUUCUUAGACUUCACUUGGAAUCUGGGGUUUCUACGUAAUUCUAGGUGUUUGAGUUCUGACUGUUCCGGAUACAUGCUGAUGUGUAAGCAGUAUGAUCUUUAGGCGCUACUGAAGAUUUAGGUGUUGCAAGUACAUUGCCACGUAAUGCCCAUAGAAGUGGGCGUAAGUUUAAGGCAGUGAUCUUUCAGGUCUCAGUAUGGACAUCACUUUAAAUCUGAUUAAAUAACAUGCCUGCUGCAGAGCUGGGCGGUACCUGACCUGUGUUUCAGGAUGACAGAUAGGAUAUACUUUCUCAUUUGAGUCUUUUCUCCUUGGUUUUUAUACGGCUGUUCUUUAAUGGUGAUAUUUCUUCGCAGACUACUCAAGAUACGGGAGUCUCCAGUGUCCUGUAAUGUUUCUGUAGCACUGCGAGGAAGAGUUGUAAUGUGGAUUGCUUUCUACUCAGUAGCGUUCAUAAAUGCAUUACUGACAACUUUUUGGCACCAAAGAGCCUCUUGCACCAUACUGCUUUUAUGAAUGACUGUUACACUGUUGUAAUUUCUCUAACUACAGAAAUCAACCACUACCGAACCACUUACCGCUAGGAUUUGAGUUUCAAAAAGCAUUGAUUUAUCAUGGCUUACGUUGAUGCGUGCAACCUGAAGCAAGGUUGUAAUCUGCACUUGCAGAAAAUGUUCAAUAAAAGUGAAACGUGAUAAAGGGCUUAUCCUCUUGUCAUCUGUCAAAACAUUGUCCCUCUUUGCUGUAAAACUGACAACAGGUAUAUAAGGCUGAACUUGUAAACUAUGCACUUGAAUCCAUGUAAAAGAUGUUUUAUUUACAAUUUUUUGUGGAAAGCCAAUUUGUGUUUUGCAGAGUCGCGGUAGGAAGGCUGUACAUCUAAGGUUUCGUGUAGCUUUUCAUCAGUCUUGCCUCCUUGUGUAUAUUUUAAAUUAUAUUUUUCCUGCAGACCCUGUUUCCUUAGUAAGGUAACUUCAUAAGACAGCUGUUCACCGUGUCAGAACCCUUUCUCAUUUCACUCACCAAAAAAAUCUCCCAGUGAAUAAGGCUGACUUUUGAAGAAAACGAGGGAUUUGUUUUUUCUUGUGUUUGUACACAAGGAAGCAGACUUAAACUGUAUGGACAUAAUUAGUGUCUGAUGCUUAUCCGACUGUUUUUGAACAAGGGCACAGGUCUUUGUUACAUGGAACUGUUCCUGGUCAGCAAUAAAAGACUUUGUUGCACUGUUCAUAUAUGGCAAGAUUCAGGUAAUCUUUUAUUCAGUGUGCUUCAAAAUAGAUAGAUGGGGUUUGAAAAGAUCUUGUUUCAGCUUGAAUCUUCAUAUAUGUAUGUCUACAUGAAGAUUCAUAUGCAUUUAUAUGAGUAGACACAGUGUGGGGUGUUUGAAGUUAUUUUGGAUAGCUGUUUUGAUAGCAAAAAGAAAAUGUUCUUACGAAACUGAACAUCUAUUCUGAUCAUAUGGAGUGGUACCUGUUACGCAUUGGCAGACCUAAGGGUUUCACUGCAGGAUAAUGUUUCUACUCAUAAAAAGGCAUCUAAAAAGCAAUAGCUGCUGGAGGGGGUUUUGUGAUGUGUGAUUUCAACCAACUCAUGAAUCCAGUUGAUUGCUUUUUGGAAAAAAAAAAAAAAAGUAAAAGAAUUAAAAAGGUGUUUGUGUUUUCCAGUAUUUGUCACCUGGAUGAAAUCUCUUUUCCCCUUUCUACCGUCACUUCAUGUCAAAGACAAUGUUCAAAAUGUUUUCUGAAUGUUUUACUUGAAAAAGAAAUAGGGCUUCAUGAUGAGUAAACACUGAUUCUGUCACCUUCCUGGGGAUACAUACUGAUCUACAUCAUGGAUGUGGAUGACAUGCUCUGUGCUCACUGACAUUUAAAGGGUACUGUUUCAGAAAGUGUUGAGUUGACAUUAGUAAUGAUUAUUUGAAUACAAGUCAUUUGUGCUUAAAUACACCACCACUCACGCUUUGAUUAAAGCUUGUCUGAACCUUUUUGGUUAUUAAAAGUACUGCUGAUAAACUGUGAGAAGAGACAUCGCUUUACCGUGUUUCUUAGUAUUCAAGCUGUCAUUCAUUAAGACGCCAAAGUUGCAGUCUUGUUUUGUUUGGAAGAAGAACACAUGAUGAAGUUGUGUGAAGGAAUUCAGUGCAGUCUGCCUUUUCUGUGCUGAUGGGUGAUAGCAUUUGAAUUAUUUCAGCCUUUCGAAAACAAGGGAUCAGUGGGCUUUUGGAGGACCAAAGGCUCUUUACCCUCUGGCAUCUCGUUUUAAUCUCUUCAUUUCUCCCAGAGAAGCUCUCCAGGAGACAUCGGACAGGAAGGAAAGCUUCAGCUCAGAGUUGCUCACCUGAAACGGGGUAAUCCUGCUUCUGCUCACAGUGCCUGUCACCUCCUCACCUCCCUUUGCACAAACUCAAGUUCUCACUCAGGUACUCAGCAGCUGUCUUUUCCAGCCACUUGCAGGGAAGGGGAAGGAGAAUGACUGAAAGUGGCAAUUUGUCCCGGUCUUUGAGAAGGAGUGGUGAAAUGAAGCGGUGCACAUGCUAGACAAGUGUACAUGAACAGCACCAACGCCAACUCCUAUUGUUGAACACGUUCAGAAUCAUGACAGGCUUAAGCAGGUAGUGCAGCAGUAUCUGAAGGGUUGUGAGCAUUCAGACACAAAUUUGCUUUAUAACUUUGCUUAAAAUAAUAUUGCUUUACAAUUAAAAAUGUAGAAAACAUAAUUCACCAUUUUCUUUGUUCCCUGAGAAAAUAGGUGCACAUUAAACAGCCAAACUAGAACACCUAACAACACCUAAGUUGACUAAGCAAAGAGAACUUUAAGGAGCAAACUGGGGUAAGCUGCUGUUUCCAUAGACAUUUGUUUAAUUUUGGUCUCUUAGCUUGGUGUUCUGUCGUUUGCCUGCAUUGAGCCUUUUGUUUGUACAGUUGAAGUAGUUUGAAACAGACACAGCUGCAUCUUGCGUGUCUUCCCGUUCUUUAAAAAUCUAGUUUCUGGGGCAGGGAUGGGUAGGAAUUGAGUAAGAAUCACGAGCCUUACCACAUGAAACACUGAAGAAUGCUACGUUUUCUCACUGGAAGUUUACUUGCUAGUGCCGACUUGCAGUUUAAAUAUCCCAGGUUGCAAGGAGUAGCUGCUGUCCUCUGUUUGAGUAGUGAGGUCUUUGACCUUAAUAAACAGCUGAUUGUUGUUGAGGUACCGUUCUGUGAUAAUGCUUGUGGUUUCUUUGACCCUUUCAAUGAAGUAAUCUUUUCCAUUCCACAAAUGAGUUCCUUCCUCUCAUGCUGUCAUCAAGCAUAAGAGGAAAGACCAAUUAACACAAUUUAUUGCUUCCAUUUUGGGUCUCAACAUGGGGGUCAAGGGGGAAUAACCUACUUUGUUAUUAAAAGAGCCAUUUAGUUUUGCAAGAUGCCUACGUAGAACCAUUUCUAUUUGAGUUUUACUUGCACCUGAAGCCACAAGGAGGCUACACCAGUGUAUUUUAGAUCAAGGAAGGAAGGAACCAGCCCCUUGGAAAUGCUGUUACGUGCUACAGCUACCGUAAGGGAUCACUGUUGUACUGUUAAAUGCUGGAAACAUCUGUGUGUCGCUGCUGACUCUUAAGUGCAAGGCUUGUUUUCUGUAGAGAAUAAACUUGUCCUGUAUAUUUGCAGAUACUCAGAGAAGGCUGAGCAUCCACCAUUGUUUUCUGAAGUCCUGCUAUCUUAAUAUGAAUUAGGGCUUUUUUCUGUCGUUUACAGGUAUGUAGCAUGGUUUGUAGGAGAAAUGUCUGUUGUAUUAAUGACUGAUUAUUUAAAAUCAUUGCUAAUUUCAGACAUGUCGUUUAAAAAAAA